AAGCGUACGGGGCGGAAUCACCACAACCUGUGUGCUUGUAGUUUAGCCUGACAAACAGAGGGUUUCACAUUCGUUCACCCGUCGGACGUGUGUGGACUUAAAUUAUGCGUUUAAAGACCGAGCCGGGGCAAAGAUGCAAUGGAGGUCAAUAGUAGUUGGUCUGGUCGUAUUGAGACUGUCCCUCAGCUGUGUGCUGUGGCUAGCUUUCGGACUGGGACCUAACGUUAGCUGCGGGUUCAACUUCCCACUCAGUUUCGGUUUGCACAAAUUAGACUUGUUAUUCAGGGACGAAAAGGGGACCGACCCGAGGGCUAAUUCGUGGUCUCAGCGAAUACACGGCCACAGACAUGAGGAGGUGGCGACCACCUGUGCGAAGGUGGGAGAGGGGUCCCACAGGAGAUCCUACCUGAGCUUCUUCGAUGGCAACAAGGACGAGUACGUGCGGAGAUACAGCUCCUUCCCAGAUACCCUGAAAGCCAAAAUGAAGGACAUGGCGAAGGAAAUGUUUUAUUUCGGGUAUGACAAUUACAUGAAACAUGCCUUUCCCGAGGACGAGCUGAAUCCCAUUGACUGUGAGGGGAGGGGACCAGACGUGCAAAACCCGUCGAACAUCAACAUAAAUGACGUUUUGGGGAACUACUCCCUUACACUGAUUGACACCUUAGACACCCUACUGGUGCUCGGCAAUGUGACAGAGUUCCAGAGAGCUGUCAAGCUGGUUAUAGAUACUGUAUCUUUUGACAAGGACUCCACUGUGCAGGUUUUCGAGGCAAACAUCAGGAUCCUGGGAAGCCUUAUCUCAUCUCACAUCCUGCUGACGGACCCAAAACAUCCAUUCGGCAAGGUCAGCUUUGAUGGUUAUGAUAAUGAGCUGCUUCACUUGGCUCAUGACUUGGCUGUCCGCUUACUGCCGGCCUUUGAGAACACCAGCACAGGCAUUCCUUACCCCAGGGUGAACCUGAAGACUGGAGUUCCUGCUGAUAGCAUCAAUGAGACGUGUACUGCAGGAGCCGGGUCCCUGCUGGUGGAGUUUGGGAUUUUGAGCCGCUUGAUUGGAGAUUCCACAUUUGAGUGGGUGGCCAGACGAGCUGUCAGAGCUCUGUGGAACUUGAGGAGCAACGAAACCGGUCUGUUAGGGAAUGUAGUAAACAUCCAAACAGGCCAGUGGGUGGGCAAGCAGAGUGGUCUUGGAGCCGGUAUGGACUCCUUCUAUGAGUAUUUGCUGAAAUCGUACAUCCUUUUUGGUGAGAAAGAGGACUACAGGAUGUUCCAAGCUGCUUACGAGAGCAUUCAGAACCACAUGAGGAGAGGGAGAGAGUCGUGUAAUGAAGGAGAGGGUGACCCGCCUCUCUAUGUUAAUGUGAACAUGUUCAGUGGUGAGAUAAUGAACACCUGGAUUGACUCCCUCCAGGCCUUCUUCCCUGGGCUGCAGGUGCUCAAUGGGGAUGUAGAUAAUGCAAUUUGCCUGCACGCCUUCUACUAUGCCAUCUGGAAGCGCUUUGGGGCUCUGCCAGAGAGAUACAACUGGCAGCUGCAGGCUCCUGAUGUGCUCUUCUACCCCUUAAGGCCAGAGCUGGUGGAGUCAACCUAUCUGCUGUACCAGGCGACCAAAAAUCCUUUCUAUUUGCAUGUUGGAAUGGAUAUUCUUCAGAGCCUUGAGAAAAAUGCCAAAGUCAGAUGUGGGUACGCCACUCUCCACCAUGUCGUGGACAAAUCCAAAGAGGAUCGCAUGGAGAGCUUCUUCCUCAGUGAGACAUGCAAAUAUCUUUACCUGCUGUUUGAUGAGGACAACCCACUUCACAAAUCCGAUAACAAGUACAUCUUCACGACAGAGGGCCAUGUUGUGCCUAUAGAUGAGCGUUUCAGGGAGAAACAGUGGAAUGACUUGUCUCCUUGUGAAGAGGGAGUGCUGGCAGCACGAGAGCCAAACAGCAGGCCACCACCGAGCAACGACAGCAACUGCGAUAGGAUUCCUGAGGAGCGACGGUACACUCUGCCAUUAAAGAGCAUCUACAUGAGGCAGAUCGAUCACAUGGUGGGACUUUUCUGAGUAAGAGGAUGCAUGUGGUGAUAUUGACAUGAACAACAGACCUUCAGUACACACCCCCCCUCAGGUGCAGAUGUGGAUCCACUGUCGGUCAAAAUCCUUGUCCCGUCUGCUCCGCUGCUCAGGAUCCAGACAGGAAACUGACACUAAAGGAAACCUGAGAAAGCAGCUUGAUUACUUGCUGUAUUAAUUAAACGUGUGUGUGGCUGUUUUCGCUCUUUGAUGGGUGAGCAUGUGGUCAACUAAGGUGAACAACUUUUUCUCUGGAAAACGAGUAGUCGUGCUCCAGUACUUAUUGCCCGGUGACAAAUUGAGACUGUGUGAGUGGAUUUUAGAAUUGCUGGUGUGUUUUUGUCUGUUAAGGUGUUGGUUCAGGUGUGAGUGUACCAAUGUGUGUUUUUUGUGUGUAUGCUUAUUUGAAAUUACAGCUGAGCUGUGAAUCAUAUUGUGUUUAUGGGAACAGUGCCAUCUAGCCACACAUAUGUACAAUGUAUUGCCUAUAAAAACACUUGCCUCUGUAUAAACAUGAUGAUUAGUGCCUCUCUGCAGCUGAUUCACUCGACUAGAUCAGUGCUUUUAAACAAGGGCUCCACGUUAACAGUUGAUGACAGUGAGACAGAGGCUCAGGCUCUCGCUGUUUUAAAGUGCCUUUAUUUUUUCUCGGUCUUUCUGGAAACUGUACAAUGCAUAUUAGCUGUGGAUAACAUGGUCAAGUAUUUGUUUCUUUUGAGGCCACUGUCAAUAUUGCACAAUAGAUGUCAUUCCAUGUGUAUGUACAGUUUUACACUGAUCAUGACAUUGAGCUCCUGUUUUUUUUAGACAUGACGAAACAAGCCAUAAAGUGUAUUUUUUUAAUGUCAAUGAGCAAAAACGUUUGUUUUCCAUCAUUUUUCUGUCUGACGUAUUUAAUACACAGACUCUCCUGCAUAGUUUAUUCUUGUUAAGAGUUGAUGGAAGUUGCCAUUUGCAGUUUCUUUUCUGUUUCUCUGUCACAUACUUGCACAUCAUCAUACCUAUUAUUGUCAUGUGGUGAGAACUCAGGGUUUAAAAGAAAAACAAAUAUCAAUUAAUUCUUUCAUAAAAAAAUAAAACUUUCUUAAAAUGUUGCCUACAAUGUCUUAGGAUAGUCUUAGGUAUUUAUAUUGCAAAUCUUCCAACUUGGUUAUGUGCGGUCAAAGAAUAACCGCACUGAACUUAAGUACAGUCGUACUGUGAAUACACAUUAUUGUUCCACACAGACACAAACUGUGUGUGGUGUCUCCUUGACUGUGAUGUUCGAUUCAUGUACAGUUUAACCGAGGUGUCUCCUCUUUUUACCAAACAUCCCAAGUGUCUGUAAAGCUCAGCAGAGCUUCAGGCUGCAUGGCUCCAUGACAUCACAGCAUCGGCAUCUUCUUUGGCUUCGGGAGACAGCUGUUCAUAUUCUCAAGUGUUGUCUGAACUGCUUCAGGCCAUAGAAAUGAUAACUCUGAGUUUUCAAAUUGGCUGACAUCACUCCAGCGCUUUGUCUCAGAUUAUCUUUGAAGAAAUUGUAUUACAUUUUGGGAAAUAUGCUUGUUCACUUUAUGCUGAGAGUUAAAGAUUUAUAUUACUUGAAGCCAUUUCCCAAAUAUGAGCGCAGCAGAUCACAAAUGUUUGUCACUCGAAAAUUGCAGUCCUGCAGGACCCUGGCGUGCUUAUAAAGUGGUCAGGAGUAUGGUGUUAGUUUUAAUGAGUUAAAAACAUCCCAAUUAAUUCGCUAGAAAUCGAUCUCAUAUUGCAAAUUUGGUGACAUUGGCCCUAUAUAGUAAACAUAAAGCUACCAACAGCAGCUGAUUAGGUUUGUUUAGCACAAAGACAGAAAAUAGGGAAACAGCUAGCUGAAAUCGAACAAGAUGUAACCUCUUAAUGUGAACUGUAGAGAUGCUUGUAGGUAAAUUUUGUACAUGGGCAGAGCCAGGCUAGCUGUUUACCUCUGUCCGCUGUCUUUGUGCUAAGCUAUGCUAACUGGCUUCUAGCUGUAGCUUCGUAUUUCGUGGUAUCGAUCUCCUUGUCUAUCUUUUGGCAAGACAGCAAUUUCCCGAAAUGUUGAACUGUUCCUUUAAUCAGUCUGAAAUUACUGGUUAAGGCUGUUAAAUUCUCAACAUGAGUGGUUUCAUAAUGCCAGAAAUAGAACCUGAAAUAUCCUGUGAAAUUAAUAAAUGACAGAUUAUGAACAAGA